GAGCCGUCAAGUGGACAGCAGCACUCCAGCAUGAUGAUGACACGGUGGUGCCAGCCAGGGUAGAGAUUUGCUUGCACAGGGACGGGGGUGUAGAAGUGGCUGACUAGUGUGUUGAAUAACACCAGAAUACAACACGCGAGAGCUGCAGCCUCCCGGUGGUCUCCGGUCACCAUCGCCACCACUACCAUCACCGGUGCCAGCUGAGGACAGUCAACCGGGGAGGAGUUCGCAUAAGCGGACACCUGAGUGGAACGCCUCGGUGAAGGCGCGCUGGAGCUCAGCAGCCAGAUGAUGGACUCCCCCUCAGACCUCUUCGAAGACUCCACAGGGCAGCUCCACCAGCUUGCCCCCCCACUACGCUCCACAGACAUGCUCGGUGGGCUCCCGGGACAGCCGCCACUAACUGCCUUCAGGACCCCCGGCUUCCCACUCAUCCAGCAGAACCUCAUCCAGCCUCACGGAGGGCCUAGAAGGAGUGGGAGUCUUCACCACACACAAAACAUUCCCUUGGCUUCACUCAGGGGGGAGGAGAAAAAACUGGAGGGAGACAGAGGAGAGCGAGAACACCAGAAGGUGGUGGCAAACGACGACGAGGUUAGGAAGCGACUGGCCACCGAGUGGAGUCAAGACCUGGCGAGGGUAAAGAGGAUGAAGCUGGAGGGACGGAUUGAAGAGGGGAGCGUGAGGCGAGGUGCAGGAGGGAGGGAGCUGAGGAUAAGGAGGAGGGAGGAGCUGAAGGAGCAGCUGGAGGAGGCGAGGGAGAGACUCCAGGCCCUGCAGGAGAAAGUGCUGAGGGCCUUUGGGGAGAAGCACAUGGAAGAAAAGGAGAGAAUGUUUGAUGAAGAAGAGGAUGAUGCUGAAGGAGGGCUGUCUCUUCUCUCCACGUCACCUUUUUCUAACUUUGACAAGCCAAGAGACGAGAAGCAGAAAGACAAAGCCAGGACGGAGACAGGAAGAGGAGGCGUGAUGGAGGGAGUGGGGCUGUGGUUAGACUGGGAUGGAGGCGUAGAAGACAACGAUGACGAAGGGGGGCAGAAGUUCGCUCAGGCCUUGAAGCUGCAGCUGGGCAGCGCUGUUGCGAGAGUCAUCGACCGCGUCCUUCAUCUUUACACCGAAACGUCCGAUUUGAGGCCUUCCUCUCCUCCGGCCGCCAUCUCCUUCCUCCCGUCGGACGCAGCGGAGGGUGGGCGGGAGGACAAGGGAGCGUGGAUGGGACUGUUAACCAGAGUGGAGGACGAGGUUGCAGGUCAGGAGGAGAGGCCAGGAAGGAAGGGUGAUGAAAGAGAGAAGCAGAAAACGAGCACCUUUCCUCCCCCUUGCAACGAGCAGACAGAUAUGGCGUUGCCAUUGGUCACUCAAAAGUCACCUGGUCCCCAAAAGGCCCGCCCACUUCUUGGACCACCUUUGUCCAACCAGGCUAACCUCUCCCUGCAUCACCCCUCCUUGCCUCGUCCCCCCCUUCUCUCCCAUCCUCCUCUUUUACACCCAGCAUCCCAAUCCAAGGACCCUUCCUCAUCUGCCUCUUCCUUCCCUCCUCCUCCCCCUCCUCCGCUGCCCCUCCCAAUCCUCCACUACUCCAUGCAGCAGCUCUUCUCCCGCUCCCUCCACCACCCACAGCUGUCCCAUCUUCCGGCGUCCCGCAAGGACUUCCUCAACUCUGACCCCUUCCUGGAGUUCCACUCGCAUCCCUCCUUUCCUCCGCUGCCCCUACUGGGUCACCUGGGCCCCGCCCUCGUACGCCACGGCAGCGGCAGAGAGCGCGAGAGGGGGAUGAGGGGAGGGGGAGGGAUGGAUGGAGGAGAGCUUUACCUGACUGCUGGAGGAACCCAGGAGGGCUUGUCUCCUUGCCACCUGAAGAAAGCCAAACUCAUGUUCUUCUACACGCGCUACCCCAGCUCCAACACACUCAAGACGUACUUCCCGGAUGUCAAGUUUAAUCGCUGCGUGACCUCCCAGAUGAUUAAAUGGUUCAGCAACUUCAGAGAGUUCUUCUACAUCCAGAUGGAGCGCUUCGCAAGGCAGGCUGUCCGCGAGGCCCUCACACGGGACGGUGCACCUUGCCUUGGCAGAGAGAGUCAGCUGCGAGUGGGUCGGGACACAGAACUUUAUCGCAUACUGAACAUGCACUACAAUAAAAGUAACAUCUACCAGGUCCCAGAGAGGUUUAUUGAGGUGUCUGAGGUGGCCCUGAGGGAGUUCUACUCGGCCAUCUGGACCGGCAGAGACAACGACCCCUGCUGGAAGAAAGGAAUAUAUAAAAUCAUCUGUAAGCUUGACAGUGGUCUGCCAGAUGCCUUCAGAAUGCCUGGUUGUCCAGUUGGCUGAGCAACCAAGUAUUAGUACAGCAUAUGAGCACACAUGAAGACAUGCUGCAGUUACUAUGAGACAGGUUGUUUACACGUGUGAUCAUCCACAUACUUUACUCUGGCCUCCGUCUGAUGUUUUUCUUUUAGGUGGAAUGGCCCGCAGGCACUUCUCUUUAGUGUGAAUUAAUUAUUUGUAUGAAUUAAUUAAUUAUGUACAUGUUUGUAUUCAUUUAAUAUCGGAGUUGCUACGACGGCCGACGGGAGCGAACAACGUCCAUCAUACAAAUGAGCCAAAGCCACACAAAAAAUAUGCCAAUCACAUAAACACUGCAGGAUGUAAAACAAAUGCAAACGAAAAUGCUGCAAAUGCCGAAACACACA